CUUUCUCUCUCAUCACAUACAAUAAUAUUUGAGAUAUGGAAUCACAAUCCUACAACUACUCUUCAUCCUCCACCACUUACCACCAUUGUUCAUGUCCACAAGGUAAGAAUUCCAAACCAUCACCACCACCACCACCACCCCCCUCUUACCAUUCCUCACUCCAUUCGGUCCGGAAGCUUCCGGCAAAGCCGUGGAAGAAGCCCAUUGCGCCGCUGCCACCGAUACCGCCUAGAGUCUACAAGGUUGACCAUGUAGACUUCAAGCAAGUAGUUCAGAAGCUCACAGCGGCACCGGAGUUCCAACCACGGCGGCUCCAGAGCGUUGCACCGCCACCACUCAGCCUCUCUACACCAACACCAGCAGCAGCAGCAGCAGCAGUAUCAUCUGAUAAUAAUAAUAUUGGUAAUAAGGGAGCAACCUUGGAGCUUUUUCCUUCUCCUAAUAAUAUUACUGCAACUAUGACACCAUUGUCUUCGUUUUAUCGCGAGUUAAUGUCUGAAACACUCGACACGCAGCCAUGGAACAUAUCAGAUAGCUUUGCGGUGGUGAGUCCUCUGGGGUUCGGUUCGUCGCCGAAUUCUCAUCCAUGGUGUUCAUUCCCUCUUCUGAGUCCGGGAACUCUAUCUCCCUUGGAACAAAGCACGGUUCUGUAGAUGAUCUAUGACUAAAAAGGCUAUAAUUGUGAUCCUUUUCUUCUAUAUCCGACAUUAGGGUUUCCUUUUCUGUCCCAUUUUGGGUUACUAUUAAUAGUACUGUGGAUGAGUUCUUAACCUCCGGGGUUUGCGAACUUCCUAGAAGUAUUGUAUUGUGUAGUUUUCAAUUGUUUCCUAGGCUCUUGGGUUGUGAGAGUUUCUGUUUCCAGCUAAAAUUAUAUUUUGUGGCCUUUUGCCCUUUCGGGUAGUUAUUUAGGCUGUAUUUGUAUUAUGACUUUGAGUAGAAAUUUAGUUUUAUGUUUGGAAAUUUUUACUCAAAAUUUUGAUCCAAAUACAG